AUGGGUUACCAGUGGCCUGUAGCCGAACACUUUACCUAUGACAAGAUUUCACAUGUUUUCGCUAACAACGCUCAGAUGUAUCGUAGGAGACUGUUUAACCUGGUGCCAUUUAUGAAUAACGAGGGAGAAGUAGCACUUUGUAGGACCUAUGGAUUAAAGCAUCGUCUGUUAUUUUGGACAGAUUUCAAUCGAACAAUUACUCUGAGAAAUAUACAUAAGACUAUUGGGAAAAAUGAGACUACGGUUCAUAGUUUGAAAGAUAUCAUCUUUUGGUUGAGAGUAUAUUCGGAUGAAUAUAUUGAUCCUAGGGCUAAACCAGCCAUUUAUUUUUCAAUGCACGAUUCCAGAAGACUUGUGAAUCCUUUCAAACAUGGUAUUAAGCUUCUAGUGCCAGGACAUCAUUUUAUUAAAGUCACCGAAUAUGUGGAGCAACAUCUCUUACCCCAACCAUAUGAUACAAAUUGUACAUUGUUUAAUCCUAUAGGAAGUACAGAAGAAAACGUUGACAUAAUGGAUUGCAUAGAAACUUGCUCCUUCCGUCUUCACAUGGAACAAUAUGGAUGUGCUCCCCAUUCAAUAAGUAUUAGUCACAUGGCCACAUUGUGUAAGAGAGGUGAAAAAGUCACAAAAGAAAAUUGGGACAGUUGUUUGAAAAAGUGCAGCAAUACUCCGUGUGUGACUCGAUCUUUCAAAUACAAGCAUUUUCAUAAUGAUCUAGGGAACCUAAAAUACAAUUAUCAGCAAAGAAAAGCACUUUAUCCUAGACUUUAUAAUAACACUCAAUUUAUAUAUCUCGGAGUGUCAUUCAGAAAUGCAAAGAUCAGAAUCAUCCACUUUGUUCCAAAAGUGCUGCCAAUGGAAUUAUUUAGCAACAUCGGUGGAUUCCUGGGCAUUUGGAUUGGAUCCUCUAUCAUAUCAGUCUCUGAUUUAUUAUACAAACUAUCUGAAUUCAUCUACAUUUACACCAUGAAACUUGUUAAAAAGAGAUCUACACUGUAA